UACCUACUCUCCCCGAUCCGAUCCAUUCACCACACAACUUCAGCCGGCUGAACAGACUCGCGCAGUUCCCGCACGGCUUGCUAACCUAAUUCAGAAAACAAGCGCUACAGCUCUCUGCCUGUCAUCCUCGCUCAGUGUAGCCUUUUCAGGUGGUCUAGGACGCUGGGUUAUUUUUAUGAGCAAAUAAGCGAAACAGGAAUCAUGAUGGGGAUGUAUUUAACAGAUCCAGUACUGGAUAAAACUUAAAGCCAGUUUCUGUUCAACGUAGUGAAAAGGUCACCUUGCCCGGCUGAAAAAAGAAGCAAAAUAUCAGCAUACUAGUUUUUGUUAACAUCUUAGUUCAUGCUAGCAUUUUUUCCUUUAUGUUCCUACCAAUUUGGGACAUCCGACUCUAAGGAGAAAUACUGUACUCAUGGUAGAUGACAAGGAAAAGAACAUGAAAUGUCUCACCUUCUUCUUGAUGCUUCCAGAGACGGUAAAGAACAGGUCUAAGAAAAGCUCCAAGAAAACAACUACCGGCAGCGGCAGCAGCAGCAGCAACAGCAAGUUACCCCCCGUUUGUUAUGAAAUAAUUACCUUAAAGACUAAAAAGAAGAAGAAGAUGGCUGCUGAUAUAUUCCCCCGUAAAAAACCAGCCAGCUCCAGCAACACCACUGUCCAGCAGUACCACCAGCAGAAUCUCAGUAAUAACAACCUUAUUCCUGCUCCAAAUUGGCAGGGACUUUAUCCCACCAUUAGAGAAAGAAAUGCGGUGAUGUUCAAUAACGAUUUGAUGGCAGAUGUACAUUUUGUGGUUGGGCCACCAGGUGGGACUCAGCGGUUGCCAGGACACAAAUAUGUUUUAGCUGUUGGGAGCUCUGUGUUCCAUGCAAUGUUUUACGGAGAACUUGCUGAGGACAAAGAUGAGAUUCGUAUACCAGAUGUUGAACCUGCUGCGUUUCUCGCCAUGCUGAAAUAUAUCUAUUGUGAUGAAAUUGACUUGGCUGCUGACACAGUGCUGGCCACUCUCUAUGCUGCCAAAAAGUACAUCGUCCCUCACCUUGCCAGAGCCUGCGUUAAUUUCCUGGAGACCAGCCUGAGCGCCAAGAACGCCUGUGUGCUCCUGUCCCAGAGCUGCCUGUUCGAGGAGCCGGACCUGACCCAGCGCUGCUGGGAGGUAAUUGAUGCCCAGGCCGAGUUAGCACUCCGGUCUGAGGGAUUCUGCGAUAUUGACUUCCAGACACUAGAAAGCAUCCUCCGCAGGGAAACUCUGAAUGCCAAAGAAAUUGUAGUUUUUGAGGCAGCUCUCAACUGGGCUGAAGUAGAAUGCCAGCGACAAGACCUAGCUUUGAGCAUUGAAAACAAACGCAAGGUCCUCGGAAAGGCACUUUACUUGAUCCGAAUACCUACGAUGGCCCUGGAUGACUUUGCAAAUGGUGCUGCACAGUCUGGAGUUCUAACUCUCAAUGAGACCAAUGACAUUUUUCUCUGGUACACGGCAGCCAAGAAGCCCGAGUUGCAGUUUGUGAGUAAAGCCCGAAAGGGCCUCGUUCCCCAGCGCUGUCACCGGUUCCAGUCAUGUGCCUAUCGGAGCAACCAGUGGCGCUACCGGGGCCGCUGUGACAGCAUCCAGUUUGCCGUUGACAAGAGGGUGUUCAUCGCCGGCUUUGGGCUGUACGGCUCCAGCUGUGGCUCUGCCGAGUACAGCGCCAAGAUUGAACUCAAGCGGCAGGGCGUCGUCCUGGGGCAGAACUUAAGCAAGUACUUCUCAGAUGGCUCCAGCAAUACCUUCCCCGUGUGGUUUGAGUACCCGGUACAGAUAGAACCAGACACCUUCUACACAGCCAGUGUCAUCCUGGAUGGCAACGAACUCAGCUACUUCGGGCAGGAAGGCAUGACGGAAGUCCAGUGUGGCAAGGUGACUGUCCAGUUCCAGUGCUCUUCUGAUAGCACCAAUGGCACAGGGGUACAGGGAGGGCAGAUUCCUGAACUUAUAUUCUAUGCUUGAAAAACUGAGCUCUCAAGUGCACAUCUGGUUCCUACUUGUUUGAUGCUUAGCUCAUCUGCAAAUAUGUGAUCAGCGCAGGUAAUUUGUAAUGAAUGAAGCUGUAGGCAGUUUCUAAUUUCCUUCAACCUUUUAAUUAUGUACAGGCAAAAAUGCAGCAUUCAGCUUUUAACUCUAUGCUUAAAAGAGCCAACUUCUUAUUAAGGCUUUGUGGUUUUAGAGUUGCGUCUAUACACCUGGGGAGAGUUUGUGCGCUUCGCCCGCUACCCAGCAGAAUCCCUAGCUUUAUCCUUUUUAAGAAUUUUUUUAAUCCCCUUGAAUUUUUUUUAGGGCUUUAUUUUGACAAAUAAAUAGCCCUAUUUAUUUGACAAACUGAUGACAAACUGAUGACAAGAAUUAUUUUUGAACAACCCUCCCCCACCAAAAACCCCCCACAAAACAGAUAAACCUCAGUGUACAAUUUUGAAAGAAGUUUCACAUCAUCGUAAGUGUAAUUUAGAAAGUAGACCGCAAUCAUGCUUAGCUCCACUUUUCUUUUAAGUACUUCAAUUUUGGACAUAGUUUUGUUCUUCAGUCCCAAACUCAUAAGAUUUUCAUAUAUUAAGUAUGACAAAGUGUCUGAUUUUGACUUCGGCUACAAGAAGAUAUAUAUUUUCUUUGAGAUUGGAACUCAGAGGACUGCUGUACAGGCACUUGUUUUAGAAGUAACUAAAUUAUACAUUUUGCUGUCAAUAGGGAAAAAAAUUGUGUCCAUUAAUUUAAAAUAAUUUUAAAAUGAGGUCUAAAAAUAUCCCAUCCUACAGUUUGAUUGAUGUACUAUUAGAAUAUGUAGUUUGAAAAGGCAAAAGGGUUCUCCUGACUUAGCUUCUAUUCCCCACUUGCUUGUUUUCGUAAGUCAUAUUGUAUAGCACAUACUCCUUUUUCCCAUUAAGAGGACCAAACAAUUUUUAGAAUAAUGGAGUAACUAUUAGUUUUGUAGCACUUGAUGUUAAUGUAAUGAGAGUUUUAUUUGUUGAUUAAAGAAAACCAAUCUGAACUAUUCCUCAUCUACUUUGAGUACCUUCUAUCUUCUCAGUUAAUUCUUGAUUCUGUCUUGUUCCUGGACUGCUAGAGUCUGGCCUCUGGCCAUCUGAAAGUGCCAAUGAUAUGCCUACAGGGUUUUAAAAACUUGGUCUGGAGCAAUACACUUGAUUAUCCAUAAUAUUUCUGCAUCCGCAGCAUAUCUAGCUCUCUCAUGUGUUCACGCAUAAUGCAAACAAAGCAGGGAAAAGCUCUUCCAAAAAGUCUCCUUCGGUGACGGCUUGUGACAAAUUAGUGCCCGUGAUCCUGGUCGUGUCCCGUGUGUUCACUUCCAGUGGUGACAUCCAUGUGUUUUGGGCAGCUUUUCUGCUCAGAGUGAUCCCGAGCUGGCUACCCCGGCCACCCAGAGUUGGUCUCUGGCCACCUCCUUCUCCUGCUCUCCAGGCCCAGAGCCGGCUUGUCUGCAGCCAGGGGUUAGUCGGAGGGUGGCCGCGUGUGCACACACUUGCGUGCAUAAAGCGUUUGCCUCCUCGGGGCUCGUCUCCUCCCUGCCUGGCCAGUGAGAGGUGGGACAAGAAGUGUUCCCCCUGCUGGCCCCAGCAAGGCCUAGUGAGUGACUGGCCCGUGUUUCCCAGAAAACACAGGCUUCUUGCCUUUGGCCAGCUUCCAUGAUGGAGGAGAACACUGGAUUUGGGGAAAUGUUUCAAUCACCCUUGCCAUUACCUACAUCUGUUAAUGUCAAUGAUAAAAGCAUUGAUAAUUGGUGACUGUAAGUGAGUACUCCCAGGACAACUUUUUAGAAUUAUCUAGUACUUACUUAUAAUCGCUGAUAUUAUUAUGGAGAUGACAGAUAGUAGUUUUGGCAGUCCAUCUGUGAAAUAGAUGUCCAAUUUUCCAUUGGGAAAAAAUAAGUAUACAAAGGACUUUAUUUUUAAGUGAUGGCUAAACAUUUCAGUAGCUCACCGCUAUCAUGCAAAUUGAUAGACGGUAUGCCUAGUCUCAAGGCACUGAUUUUCAAGCCAGAGAAAAAGAAAUUUUAUUUAGCACUAAUUUCAUUGCAUCAGGUUGUUGAGGAUGGGUGUGACAACUUCAAGUGAAUAAUGUAACAGACACUCACUGUCAGCUGCUCCCGUCAGCAACCUGCCCCCCAUAUCACUGAAGGAACAGGUGAGAACCACCUGGAGAGCUGUACACUGGGCGUGGAAGAACUUAAUUUUAUGUUACCAAUUUUUUUUUUUAAAGAAAGAUAUCCACCGUCUAAUUAGCUAGUACUGAGAAAUAGGAGUUAAACUUGAAAAUUGCAUUUAAAACAGGUUUACCUAUCUCCCCUCUGCAUUUUCGACAGUAUGGAGCAAAGAACUUAUAGUACUUUGCCUUGCUUUCCUUGGUAACUUCAGACUUUGUAGCUUUUAAAACUUGUCAGAAACCAUUGUUCUGACAAGCAGGUAACUCCAGUGUAUAAACUCAACUUUAUUAAACAAAAAUACUCUGUAGAUGCUUUCCCAAUAUAUCUGGCAGUUUGUUGUUCAUACCUGGGGAAAAUGGGGAACUAGGCUAGCAGUUCUUGUGUAACAUUCUUUAAGCAUACCUUAAUAUAGUAUUUAAGUAAAUGGUCUAAUUUCUACAUAAUUAUUGCACUGAACUGUUUUUUUUUUUUAAGAUGUUCAAUAAGCUCAACUAAUUCAAGACACUAGCCACUUGUGCAUCAGAGUGCUUGAAUUUAGUGGCUUACAGCAUUAUUUAUGAAGGAAAAUAUAUAAAUAUGAAGUACCUCAUGUUGAAUGUUAUUGUACUGUAUUUUUAAUGUAACAGUGCAGAUCUUGUUAGACACAUGAAUGUGUAUAAUCCUGUUAAAUGCAAAUAAAGAUAAAGCUGGUUCAUAA